AUGCCACCACUUCGUUUCAUCGAUUCCACCAGUCAUCCUCAAGAUUACAAUCGUCUUCGGAAAGUUUGGAAUGGAACGAUUCAUUUAUAUCCCAAGUAUAUUGUGCAAUGUGAGAAUGAGCAGGAUAUUGUGAAUGCUUUGGAUUUUGCAAAGACUCAUGAAUUGGAAAUAGCUGUCCGAGGAGGUGGCCAUUCAGUAAGUGGAUUCUCAGCCAGUGAUGGUGGUCUCUUGAUUGAUCUGUCUCUCAUGAAGAGUGUGAUUGUAAAUUCUGAGCUCAAAACAGUCACAGUUGGAGGAGGAGCUUUAUGGGGACAUGUGGAUGAAGCUUGUGAUCCUUAUCAAAUGUUUGUUCCUGGAGGAAUGGUCUCUCAUACUGGAGUGGGUGGAUUAACUCUUGGUGGUGGAAUUGGAUGGCUGUCUCGAGCCUAUGGCUUGACAUGUGAUUCAUUGAUAGGAGCUCGAAUUGUUUUAUUAAAUGGCUCCAUUUGUAAUGUUUCAAAAUUGGAUCAUGGAGUUUUUGUUUAUCCAAUCGAAGAUGCUCACAAAAUUAUGAAAACCUAUUUUUCCAUAACCAAUCCUCUUAAUAAUCCUCAUCCACUUCCUGAUAAUAUUACCUUGUAUUUGUUUUUAUUACCUACACAAGUUUUAGUCAUGUCACUCUAUCAUGAGGGUGAUAUUACACAAAAUAUUGACACAGAAGAGAGGUUUGAAUUUUACAAGAACAGAGUGAUUGAAAAAUUAUUUGCUUUUAAUCCAAUAUACACUUCAUUCACUGACAGCUAUACAUGCCUUCAAAGCAUGUUUGACAUUGGAAAUAAGCAUGGAAAACAUUAUUAUUGGAAGUCUUUAUUUUUUAACACUGCAAUCUCAGAGGAGACACAAGAAGCUCUAUUGAAAGCCAUCAAAAAAGCUCCAGAAGCAUCAACGAUCGAAGUCAUGCAUUUAGGAGGAGCUAUAUCAAAAGUAGCCCACACUCACACAGCAUAUUACCAACGAGAUGCCUUGUAUGAAAUUCAUUCCAUUUGUUCAUGGGAGAACAACAGUCUCGAUAUUUCAAUAUUCAGAAAUUGGGCUCAACAAGAGUUCUUUGACAACGUUUCCAAAUACUCCUGUAACAUUAAUGGCUAUAUUAACACAGCUCAGCAAACGAAAAACACAGAAGGAUUUUAUGGAGAAAACUAUGCAAGACUUGUCCAGCUUAAAAACAAGUACGACCCUCAAAACUUGCUGCACCGAAAUCACAAUAUUCGACCUUCUUUCAUUGUUUCUGAUGAUGUAGAGAGAUAA